AGAAUAACGAUCUGUUCCGCAUGACUGAUUUAGCAAAAUGUUUUCUUCUUGGUUGUGUACUUGAGGGCCAGAUUGGGGGUCAACAUCCACCACUAGCCCCUUGCCACAAUCCUCAAACGAAUGAUAGGAUGGAGGCUGAAACUUCAUGUAUGAACGCUCAACAUAGUAUACCGCGGAUGUCUAUAAUUAUGACCAGUCAAUGAAAACCAUUCUCACGGUAAAUGACUAGACUACCCUGUCGCAGUUGUCCGCCCGGUAUCGGGACCGCCCGGUUAUCGAUUAUCGUUAAGAACACCCCUACUCUAGCUCAUAACCUCUCAUAUCCUGCUCUACAACUUCAACUUACCCCCUGUAGCUGUGUAUUUGAUCACACAUAUCCUUGACUCUAGAGUCUAUUGUAUCGUCAAACAUGACUCGUAUCGGUUGGUAUGGCCUAGGCUCCAUGGGCCUAGCCAUGGCCACCAAUCUCCAAAGACACUUAGCAACCAAAAAUGCCAUGAAUCUAAUCUACUCGAACCGGACAAUGGCACGCGGGGACCCCCUCAAAACCCUAGGUGCUACGCCAGAGACCAGCUUCGCCAAACUAGUCGGUCAAUGCGGGAUCAUCUUCACCAUGGUCUCCAAUGACUCAGUCCUCCAACAAUUAAUUACAUCCGCCAUUGGAUCGGGGUACUCUCUCCGCGACAAGAUCUUCGUGGACUGCUCGACCGUCCACCCCGAAACGGUGGGUCUAACUGUCUCUAAGCUGAGAGAACAGCAAGCGUCUUUCCUAGCGGCACCUGUGUUCGGUGGCAAUCCGAUCGCGGUGGAUGGAAAGCUCGUCUUUGCCAUUGCCGGGCCGAAGAAGGCCUCGGAGGUGGUCAAGCCGUUAAUUCAAGAUGUUAUGGGUCGCAAGGUUAUUGAUUGUGGUGAGGAUGCGACUAAGUCUUCGCUUUUGAAAAUUGCUGGUAAUAUCGUCACUGUUAAUAUGAUGGAAGCCGUCGGAGAAGCCCAGGUUUUCGCCGAGCGUACUGGAUUAGGCACUGGUCCGAUGGAAGAGCUCAUCGGCGAAGCUUUUGGCGCUGUGGCUGGUGGAUAUUCGAAGAGAUUGACAACUGGUGCGUAUGCGCCGCCGCUGGAAUCUCGGCCUGGAUUUGGUGUGUCUCUUGCUAUUAAGGAUGCGAACCAUGCAUUUGCCAUGGCUAAGGAGCAUAAUGUUGAGCUUCCCGGUCUGAAGGUUGCGCAUGAGAACAUGGUUGCUGCGAGGGAGUAUGCUGGUGAAUGUCUGGACAGCAGCUCAAUGUAUGGCGUUCUGCGACAGAAGGCGGGAAUGACUUUCUGGAAUGAAAAGAGUCGGAAGGAGUGAAGUUGAAAUUGGCCAUAAGAGGGAUGGACUCAUUAAUGAGUUGGACAAUAGAUUAAUUGCUGAGCGUGGAUAAACGCAGAAUAUAGUUCUCUGGUUUUUAUUACUACGAUGUAAUGGACGGCAGACAAGGCGGUAUCAAAUAAAACACAGUUGCAUUUGGAUUUGACUAUCUAAAUGUUUGAAAUCUAACUGCUGCCACAACAACCUCUAGUCUAUGAUACCAGCUCUAGAUCUACGUUCGGUGUUUCCGACAAAUCAGGAGAAUUCUAAGCCCGAUCUUUCAGAACAUCAAGCGGCUGAGGCGAUCGUGUUCAGAAGUUCUAUUGCUACGAUGCUAUAUCCCGAAUGUCAGUAUGUUUACCGUCUCUCCAUACACUGUAUAGCCAGCAUGACUCGGACAACUUAUCCCGCUUUUCAGGCAGUUAUAGUGCAAGUAUCCGAGUGACAUGGCAACAUGGUAAAGUAGUCAAGGGUUAGAGACGAAAACAAACGAACCCCCCCCCCCCC